AUGACCAACACAGAGACGCAAACUUCAAUGUCUCCGCAUAACAUGCGGGUGCCAGCGCAAGAUUCAGCUAGCAUACGGACCAUGUUCGAUAAUGGCGAUACGCACAAUGUGCCCGAUGCGGUAGAAAGUAGCAGAGACUCUGCAGAAAUCAAACCCGAAAGAUCUUCCAAUGAAACAGAGAGUUUAAUUGUGGAUUGGGACGGGCCAAAUGAUCCGGCAUGA